UUCAUAAAUCACUAUUUUCUCCAUUUAUUUUCGCAUUUUUAUUCACAAAAAUGGCUCAACAAAACACACAAUUCCUAGUAUUAUUCCUUGCUGUUCUCUCUUUAUUCUCACGUUACAAUGCAUUGAAGGAUGACCGGCUAAACCAUUAUUUUGAAGAAGAUAUUGGUUUUGGCUAUUAUCCACGAGUUUACCCUUCGUAUUACAGCGCCAUUGAAGAUCAUGGGAAGCUUGACAACUCGGUGAUGCCAUCGAGCUUCCAACGGUACCCUUCGUGUUAUCGUGUCACAUCGAGUUUGGACAGAAGUACUGUCGUUAACGUUGAUGAUUUCGGAGCAACCGGUGAUAAAGUUAGAGAUACCGAGGCUUUCGAGAAAGCUUGGAUGAAAGCUUGCUCGUUGAUAGGUGCAGUUGUUCUUCAAGUGCCUGCGGGAAAGAACUAUGCUCUAAAGCCUGUUAGGUUUUCAGGUCCAUGCAAGUCUAAUCUUACUGUAGAGAUGUCCGGGAACAUAGCGGCGUCGGAUGAUCGAUCGGAUUAUAAGGAAGAUAACAGACACUGGCUUACGUUUGACGGUGUCGAUAAUUUGUUGGUCGAAGGUGGCGGAGGGAAGAUUAAUGGCAAUGGGAAUAUCUGGUGGCAGAAUUCAUGCAAAAUUAAUAAAACUCUCGUAAGCUUAUUACCCCAAGCUCUCACCUUCUACAAAAGCAGAAACUUGGUAGUUCAAAACUUGAACAUUCAAGAUGCUCAACAAAUUCACGUUUCUUUCGAGGGAUGCACCGAUGUUCGAGCUUCUGGUUUCACGAUAACGGCCCGGGAGAAAAGUCCGAACACGGACGGGAUUCACAUCACGAAUACGCAAAACAUCCGAGUCAAUAACUCCAUAUUCGACGAAGGUGAUGAUUGUAUCUCCAUCGUAAGCGGAUCCCAACAUGUGACAGCAACUAACAUAACAUGCGGUCCGGGUCAUGGAAUUAGUAUUGGAAGCUUAGGAGCCAAGAAUUCAAUGGCUCUUGUCUUCAAUGUGACUGUUGACGGAGCUAAACUUUCAGGGAUAACAAAUGGAGUUAGGAUCAAGACAUGGCAGGGAGGGUCAGGAACUGCAAGCAACAUUACAUUCCAAAACAUUGAAAUGAACAACGUGACGAACCCAAUCAUCAUAGACCAAAACUACUGUGAUCAAAGCAAUCCAUGCCACGAACAGAGCUCAGCAGUUCAGAUUAAGAACGUGGUGUACAACAACAUCAAUGGGACAAGCUCUUCUGAAGUUGCGAUAAAUUUCAAUUGCAGCACAAACCAUCCUUGCCAAGCGAUUGCGCUGCAAAAAGUGAGCCUGCAGAACCAAGAACAUGGACCAGCCAAAGCUAUCUGCAACAAUGUCAAUUUAAUUAAAGGGGACAGUGAUCCAAAAUGCCCUAGGGUUUUAUAUAUAGAACUAGAUACAGAUACAUAUACGCAAAAGAUUGCGUCUCAUUAA